AUGUUGCACCCUCAAUUUUGGCUUUCCAGGACGCUUUCCUUUCUGUAUUCCUUUCUGAAACCAAUUCCAGAAACUAUCUGGAGUUAUUUCAAGCUGACCAACACCUUUGAUAGCAGACUCAAGGAGAGUCUUCGCAGACUUCGCGACUCUACGAUGAGGCUCUCUCCAACGAGGCUUUCUCCUUCGAGGCAUUCUCCUACGAGGCCGUCUCCAAGUAGACAGACCGAAGGUAAUAUUGCGAAGAAGACUGUUGCCAGCGACCGGAAAAAAAAUGAGAUCAAGAGUGCGUCACCUGAAAAUUUGACUGCUCACGGACACGGUUCAAAAUCCAAUGAAAACAACAGUGGUAUCCUGGCUACUCUUUCGUUGAACCGGCCUGGAAAAGCUACGUUUAACAAGUACUGGAACCACUCUAAGAAAGUUAACGAGCCGGUCACCAGUUGCGUUGAUGAACCCAAGGAGCCAGAAAAUGUUAAUUUUGAUCCGCCCGUUGAGAACGACACGGAUUCAAACUCGGAUACUUCCACAUCAACAGUUAUCCAAAAUCACCAGGAAGAAAACGCAAGCACCGGCACGCAUGCAUUUGAACUCAUAUCAAGUGACUCAACACAAGUGGUUCCAUUGCAUAUCGGUAAUUUGCACAAGAGCGUCACCGAACAACAGAUACUUGAUCUUUUCUCUGCCGUGGCGCCAAUUAUUUCAGCCCGAGUGUGCAAGGAUUCAGUUUCUGGGGAUUCACUCGGAUACGCAUAUAUCAAUGUUGCAAAUAGUGCUUACGCUGAGAAAAUUAUGAGCACACUGAAUUACUCCACGGUAUCGGGGCGUGAGAUCAGAAUUACUCCAUCUAUAAGGGACAAGACCAAGAGAAGUACUAUUGGCGCGAACGUUUUCAUAUCCGAUUUGCCUUGCAACAUCACCUCAAAAAUGCUUUCGGAUAUGUUUGAAUCUUUUGGAGUAUGGUCUUGCAAAGCAGAUAAUGUCAAAAGGCAUGGAUUUGUUCAUUUCAGGAACAAAGCAGAUGCAUACAAAGUUGUCGAUCUCAUCAAUUCAGGUGCGAUAUUUGAUACUCCAGCAACCGCAGCCAUUCACAUAUCGAAGACGGACAGAAGCCAUCUACCUGCAUUCACACAAAGCAAACCUCGUACUGUAUCUGAUGUUGUUGUAAUACCACCACCGGCAAUCUCCUUACACAACAUCAACGACCACAGGAAACCAAAGGAAAACCUCACAAUCUUUAUAAGAAACCUGCCUUUACAUACCAGUGAAAGCUCGAUAAGGGUGCUGGUGGCUGGAUAUGACACAGUGACCUCUAUUUUGAGCAAAUACAUUACGAGUCGGGACGCUACAUGGGCACUGGUUACUUUUGGUUCCAAGAAUGGCACAUUGAACGCAAUCAAGCACCUCGAUGGGUCCAAAUAUUGUGGUAAACGACUAACUGUGGAAUUGGCUGUUCCUCUAGAAGAAAAGAGAUAUGGUAUAAUGUCUUCAAGUACCAAAACCAUCUCUCCUUUGACGUUGCUGGUGAACAACCUAGAUAUGUCUCUUGGGAAAAGAGAACUUUUCAUGUUUUGCUGCCGGUUUGGUCAUGUUUUAAAGGUGAAGGUUUUUAACAGUCGUGCUGGGGGUAUAUUCAAGGCUGUUAAUUACGGCUAUAUCACAAUGGCUGAUGCUGAGUCGACAGCUCGUGUCUAUAAAAACAUAGGUGAGCUUGGAGCCAAGGCGUACAUUGUCAACGUUAGUCCAAGCAAUCCAAACCAAAAGACUCAACCUAUUCGGAAGCUGAAAAAUGGGCAUCCACCGGUGUUUCAAAAGUUUUACGAGUCUCCCUUGUCGGCCACACAGGUCUCUUUGCUAGAUGAAUUCAGAGUGUUUGUUCUACAUUCCAUCAUGGAAUCCAAAGUUGAGAUAGAACGACAGAGAUGGAUGAGAAGUCAGGUGAUCGAUCUCUUGACAGAUAUUGCUUACAACCAUCUGGGAAAUGAACUUCAUGCAUCUUCCGAUUUCGCAGAUAACAUCGCUAUACUUGAUGCAACACGCAUUGCUCAGGAAAUGCUAAGGCUGUUUUGGGACUAUGAGGAACUCUUCCACUUAGCAGUGGAAUGUCCAUCAGUAGACUGCCAGUUAAGAGUCAAGCUUCUAUUACCAAUGAUUGAAACUGGAAAAGCACUUGGAAUUUUGAAGGAUAUCAAAAAGUGA